UACCUGUGUAUAUUCUUGCUUAAGAUUUGGAUAUGUUAGUCUGGAAACAAUUAAAAUGACCGCAGAAAGGUAAAAUGUUAUUGAAUAGCGCUGAUAAGCGAAUAAAUAAUUGUUUGUGCCAUAUGUGCAGCAGCUGCAGCUUGCUACAAAACACUGUUGAGAUAACGUUAAUCGCUUUUAAUAUUAUGACAGCGCUUCCCUACUGAUAAAGAUGGAUUGGAAAGAACACCGCCUUAUUCGCACGUUAUUUCUAAUCUCAUUACUGCAUGGAGUGGAGCUUCUUCCAGAAGGCAAUGUCUCUACAGUUUUUCCUAACACAACAAACGCACCGGUACUGUGUCAAAUAUAUUCGAAAGAUGAAAAAGUCGCGGCAGACAUAAAAGACGCACUUGACUCGGGAACGAAGAUGAUUAAGUAUCAUUUAAAACUAGACAAUGAUGAUAACAAAUGGGAAGGGAAAAACAAAAGUGAUGCCUACAAACUAUUAUAUUGGGUAAGGACAACUGGUCGCCACGGAACUGGAUUGCUGCUCUUACGCCACGAUUAUGAUAUUCUUUCUCUUACUACACUUGAACUCGGAGUGGUCACAUUUGAUGUCCGUAUACAGGAACAUCCUGCAGAUUGCUUACAAAAUACGUCACUCACAGGCAUAGAAACUUUAUUUCGUGAACUUGUGAUGAAUGAUUUUCAGAACAAAAGCACCGGAGAAGCAAUCGAGAUGGCGGCGUCUGAAAAUGUUUGCAACUUGCAUGUGUUUAAUGAUUCGGGUACGGCCAGAUAUAAAUACAUUUGUUGUAGUCGCGGUGCAAACUCGAUUCUCACUUGCGAUUUCUUGGAGUCGGACAUCUGGUUUACCAUUUUAAUGGUUUCUAUAACAGUUCUUAAAAUACUGAUUGCCUUAUACAGUCCGAGAUUUGUUCCACAAUCAUUAUACCGUCUACGAAAUUUUGCAAAACCAUUUGUGCAUACAAUUGAUCCCAUGAAAAUUAAAGUAGUUCGGACCAGGACUCCGGAUUUGUAUAAAAUUGCAGACGCAAAUGGUGAACAAAUUACAACGAUAAAGUCUAAGAAAUUUAAAUAUAUGCCUAAGUUUGAGGACAUGCUUAGAAGCCUUCGUCCGGAGGCUCCAUACACACUGACGUUUGAAAAACUCCUUUUGCGCGUGAAGAGUGAUAGGCUGCUUCCAGAAGAUUACGCACCAGUAGGUCUUAUAAAAGCAUUGUACGAAUCCUUCGUGAAAUGUGAAAUCCGUAAUCGUUCGUCAGUCGAAGACUGUUGUAACGUUGACGUAUGCAGUGCCAUAACAUGUACGAAGAAAAGUUGUUCCUGGUAUCGUUUGUUGAAGGAAAUGAUGAAAGCAGUGAUCAUAUUUUUCUUGGCACUUCCUUGGCUGUUAAGAAUGUAUGUUUAUUUUGAGUAUGAACAUGAGGAAUUGAAUGACAGAAAGACUGAUGCAAAUGAGCGAAACCUUGAAUUCUAUUUUCCAGGCAGUGUUACCUUAUACCUUACUCCGAUUCACGUUUUAUUCCUCGCAAUCUACUGCUUGCUGAUAUUUGAAUCUCUCACAUACGGCAUCAUUAGAAAACGAGCCAAAGAGCGUUUCAAAUUUGUCAUGAGAAAGUGUUUCAGUGACAUGGCUGAUGGAGAAAAGAUGUAUGUAUUUGGCUGGUUAGUUAAAAACCUCCUGAAGCCUUGUACAUCCUUUGGUGGUAUUGGCCUAUGUGUAGGACUUGUCGUGAUCCCUUUAUCGGUGCCUUUGAUAUUUAGCCUGCUUGCAUUUUAUAUGGUACCGACACUGAACAUUGCGUGCAGAUUAUUGGCACAGUUUGCAGUAUAUCUUUGUCCGAAUGUCAGCUGCUUCUCUUCAUGGGCGUGUUCAAAACGCAUACGAUCUGCCUUAGAAUUUGAUGUUCUUUCUUCAAUGGAAUCUUUAGACAAAGAUAGACUUAUAAUGAAAUCACCUUUAAAAAGAGCUGUGCAAGUUAUGACCAUUAUGCUUUGUUUGAUUUCCUUAUGUUCCGUUGUUUUUCUUAUAUCCGAACUGAUAUCCUUUUUGGUUGAAGUAGUUGUGUAUACGCUCAUGGGCCUGGUUUUGCAUGCGUCGUUGACAUUAACGUACGUUUCCCUCAUUUUAAUUUUAUUUUUCUACGCAAAUGACAGUUUUGGAACGGUAACCCAAACGUACUUGAAAUUCAAUGAGACGAUGCAUUCAGUUGUCACUGUAUUGCUGAAAGAAGAAAUAGAAAAGGAGGUACGGAAAAGUGAAGAGAAACAAGAAAACCUGGCCUUUAGGAUGCCGCUUCAAGAUUUUACUUCGAAUGAAGCAUAUGAAGGACAAGACAACAGAAUUGAAAACAAAACUUCAGCAAAAGGGGGACACAAUAUUGAAGUGAAAGACGGUAUACCCCAAUGGACUACAUCUCACAUAUUACUCUUUCUCACAAGGAAGGAUCAGCCAAUGAUCCCGAGCCGGUUUUACUUUGAUUCGUGUAAAAUGCCGUACUACAAUGUGCCUGGUGAUAUCUUACUCAAGUAUUUACACGCUGCUGUAGAGUUUGGAUCUGUCAUUAUUUUCUUACUUUUUGUUUUGGUGGUUGUUCUGGCAUUUGGUGACGCGUACAACGUUUCAGCAACAAACAAGCUUCUAGCAACAGUCGCAGGUGGAUUCAUACCUUUUAUGUUAAAGAAAUUCCUUAUUAAAGCCCAUUCAAUUUCAGAAGUUGAUACCAGUGACAUUCAUUUUAAAAUGUGUCUCAAUGAAGUCGUUAAAAAUUAUAAGGAAUACUGGCCGAUCUUUGACAUUGAAUUAACCUCAUGCGAACGAAAUCCUAAGGAUUUAAAACCAAUUGCUACAGUAGCUGAUAACGAAGUACAAACAACGGAACGAUCCGAAAGAUUUGAUUUGAUCAUUGAUAUCAGUGAAGAAGCAAAACAAGGGGAGAGUCAUGGAUCUAAUUAUAUCGAAAUGUGAUGCAUAUGGUUUCGAUUGAUGUAUAAACACUUACCCAUCACCGUGCGCAUUCAUGUGCUUUUGUAAGAACAAAUGUAUCGUGUAUGGUAUAUAAUCUUACAAUGAUUCACUUCGAGUUAUGUUAACAGAAAUAUUUUACUGUCAUAAUCAAUGUUUUGUUGCAAAGGAAACUGUGAGCUGCUUUUUUGAAAAUUGAAAAUGUUUAGCUUUCGAAAAUCUUGAUUUAUUUACUACAGUCAUUUUCUACUGCACUGAGGCCGAUUUCUCGAAACUACUUUAUAUCACGAUUAAGCUAAGCUCACUAUUUUUGCUCUUCUAUAAUUUGUGAAAUAUUUACUUUUUUUGAAAGUAUUUUUAUAGUUAAUUGAAGUUAUUUAUCUGAUUAUCACGGAAAACUCAGUUAAUUUAUCAGGUUAAAGCAAGAAAUUUUGCAAAUCAGAAUAAACUACUUAAGUCUGUUAGGCUUAGGAAUUUUCGAGAAAUCAGCCCCUGGUCAUAACUCUUUUUUUUUUAAUUUCGCAGAAGAAUAAACAUCUUGAAUUUAGACAAGGUGAGAGCACAUUUCCCUUUGCAGAGGGUAAAUAUUUUUCAAACAAAUGGUUAACCUUGACUGUCGUUCAUUUUAACUAAAGUUUAUGCACAGGUACACACAUAUAACGUUUAAAUCACAACAUUUAAUUCCUUUUCCUAUAAGCAAUUUUAUAUGCUUCCUUGUUUCUAUUUUUUCUAUAGGGCGGUUUUUGUGUUGGUAAUUUAGAUUUUGUUGAUAUAUCAUAACACUUUAUUUACAUGUUUCUUUUACAAUAAACAUUUAUAA